UCCUUAACUAUCUCAAGUUUUUCAAACAUGAAUUGUGGUGCUGCUCCAAAGUUGUCGGGUGUGGUGAUCCAAUAGACAGCAAAGUGUGUGCUCUAGUGUCUUGGAAUUUAGCUUAAAGUGCGUAUUGAACAUUGUAGACAUUUCAGAGUCGGCAGAAUACGAAUAUGGCAGUUUCAAACGGAUUGAUUUGGAGUGCGUCUUUGGUUGUUUCUGUUUACGCCUUAAUAUCAAUCAGCAAGGUGUUCCGUUACUAUUUCAAAUUUGUCUUCUUCAUGGCAGCCGUGGUCUUUUUCUCCACCAUCCUCAUCCCUGUCAUGAUAUGGCAGCCUCGUAGCUGGAAAAACGGAUAUAGAACAUCGUGGUCAAUCAGACUGAUUUCUAAGAUGGUUGGAGUCAAUUGGCAGAUUCGAGGUCAAGAAAAUGUGGUUAAAAAUAAUGGUGCGGUUGUAGUUAUCAACCACCAGAGUGCGUUGGAUAUGCUCGUGCUGGCCGAUCUGUUUCCUUUCUUUGACGGACUAACCAAUAUCGCAAAGAAGGAAAUACUUUAUUACGGAACUUAUGGCUUUGCUUCCUGGCUUCAAGGGACCAUUUUUAUUGAUAGGGCAAAUUCGGGGAAAGCUGUCGAGACUCUCAACAAAACUGCUGAGCACAUCCGCAAAAAUAAGCUGAAAUUGACUAUGUUUCCGGAGGGGACUCGUAAUGGUGGAAAAGAAUUACUGCCUUUCAAAAAGGGAGCAUUCCACGUGGCGAUUGCCUCGCAACUUCCAAUUCAACCUAUCGUCAUUGCUAAGUAUCCGUUUUUGGAUGCAAAAACACACACAUUUGGCUCAGGAACAAGCCACGUCAAAAUUCUUCCUCCCAUUUCCACUGUUGGCUUGACCAAAGCGGAUAUGGAUCAGCUUAUCGAAAGAACCCGCUCGACAAUGAAUGAUGCUUACCAGAGACUCUCCAAUGAAGCUCUCUGAGGAAGAUGAAUGAAACCUGUUGUUUGUUCGUCGAAUGCGACGAAAAAUACUCAUUUGAGGGUAAAACGUAAGUCCAGAGUCCCACAAUUGUGGAAAACACCUCUAAAAAAAACCUUGCGUUUUCAUUGCCGUGAUCUAAAAGUUCUACUUUACUGUCAUUUUUUUAAAGUAAUGACCGUAUUUAAUGACCGUUUUUCACGGUUUGUUUCCGUCAUCAUUCGUCUUGAUCAGAGGCGGUUGAAUUAUACAAACUAAUGGAGUUGCAGAUAACAUGACGUUGCUGUCGUUUUGUUGUCACCUUGUAUAGACAAACCUUAUCAAAAAAGGACGCAUCCAUACAGGCGUGGACUCGCCGUUUAAGUAGUCAGGCUGAGGAACCAGUACUAUGGCUGGAUUAUUCUCCGUCUGUAAAUUGUCGCGUUUAAACGUAUUUCUAGUCAAAUUAUGAUAUAAAUCCAUGAUUUAUGUUCAGAAACUGACCUCAAAAAAAGAAGAAGAAAAGAAAAUUGAAACAAAAUUUGUAUUGCACUCUUCUUUUUCACAGUGUGACAAAUUGCUAUGGAUGGGUAUAUUUAUGGUUAACCAGCAAGCUUUAAAGUGCUGUAAUGUAAGAGUGUACUCAUAAAAUAGGAAAAAAGUACUCUGGUUAGAUUCCUAAUGUUUCAUUUGUUCGUGGAGUGUGCGUAAAUUAUUAUUGUUUACGAAGAUUGUAUCCUUUACUAUGAACGCUCAGCUUUUAUGUUCUUUGUUUGACCAGAUUAAUGAUCGUCAUCGAUGUGGAUAAAGUUAUUAUUUAUUCUGGAUACUAUGCGUUUAAAUUAUAGAAAAUACAAAAAUAUUGUGUUAAAGACCGA